AAGCCCUGACAAGAGAAACUCAUGGCCGCGGCUUGGGUCGAGCUGAAAGAGCAGAAAAUAUGCAAGCUUUUAACCAUGGGCGCUUCUCACAAUGGCAUUGGCCAGGCUGUACCCUGCUGACCAGUCUCGAACUGCAAGGCCGGUUGUCUGUCCCUGCGAACCUGUUGGCUGUUUCCUUUUGGCCUUCCUACCUUGUACAUGCAGUGUCGGGAUGAUCAGUAGAGCUCUCUGGGCGUUUCAACAGAGAUGCAGCCUAACCUAGAGCUUGGAAUUUUGAUUCAAAGACCGAAUGGAACGACUGAUGCGCUGAACUGUAACAACAACCACCUGAUCAGAGAUAAGUGAUGGGCCAGGUUUACAAGCAACGGCCCGUGGCAUACAGUACAGUCCCAUCACAAUCAAAUAACGGGAUCUCUUUCGAAUCACCCGCGGGCCGGAGCGUCGAACCCGUCCAUCCUUCUCGCUUGCCCUGGCCUCGAGGAGCGAAUUGCUUAGGCUCUCUCGAUACAAGGGAGCCGCGCCGUAACACCUGGAACCGCCGAUGCCAGGCCCUUGUGCGAGUUCAGGGCAUGUUUCCCGUCCGUUGUACGAGACACAAAAGCCCUGGUACUAUCUUAUUCUGUGUACGACGUCGUACAGCGGCUCGUGAACGAGUUCGACGACAUGUGUACGCUCAGGUCGCUCAUAACGGGCGGCAGCCUGCAAUGCGAAAUGCAAAUCAUCUGUAGCAGAGUGACCCUCGAAUGACUGGCCGAUUUCGCAGCAGCGAACGCACGCAGCCCUACAGAAUAUGCUGACAAUGCAUCAGAUUAGGGGUUAUGUUGGGGUUGCUGUAGCCAGGGUUGUAGCGAGAUGAAGGUCAGGUCAGGGAAUAGCAAUGAUUGUCCACCAACACACACAGUAAGCAAACUGGGCCCUGGAGCAUCUGUGUCACUAUCACAUUCAGGGAGACAGACGCUCAAAGGACCGAAAUUGACCUACCUACGCUAUUGUUUGCUCGGCCUAGUUUCAGUUGAGUAAGUUGAGGCAUCGAUGAAAAACACCGCAGAUGAGCAGAUUUCCAAGAUUUCGAUAUCUACAUCUCUUGGCAGUAAGAACUGGCAGAAAACAAUCGCCGAUUGAGACGAGAAUCGUAUGCAUGCGGGUCCUGUGCUGUACAGUAGUAUAAGUUUUAGCUGCUUAAUGUACAAGGAUUGUUCAGAACUGUUUCAGCUGCAUUUACCCAGAAGUGGCAUAUCAACAAAGAACCCUUCUGGCAGACGAAAGAAUGGUAUCAAACUCAUGAUAGCGUGGCC